GAAAACUGGCCUCAGGUUUUUUUUUCAAAAACCUGUCGAAAUGUGUUAAAAGUGCUCGGAAAGAUCAAUCAGCAGUUUCUUAACGGCAAGGUAUUGUCAACGCGAAAGAUUUGCUCUAUUUUGGGACGUCUUAUUUGAUCUGGGAUGCCUUAGGUAUAGGGUAGUUAUAGUUAUAGUUAUAGUUUUAGGUUAGAUUAGACUUUGUGGCUCAUUUCCGAUCGGAAGAUCAACCACCCUGGGUGGUCAAUCACAGUAAUGUUUUUCCUGAAGACAUGAUUUUGAAGUUAUUAAAAACUUAUUUGGAACUCAUAACAAACUAAACUAACUUCAAUUACAAUCUGAAAAUAUAUUCUCGAAUAUUACAAAAUUAAUGCGAUCGCAAUACCUUUAGACCAAACUGUACUUCGAAAAUACUGUGAAUAUUUUUGAUAGUUUUUGAAAAACUUGCAUUCACAAUAAUCUCCAUUCAUUCAGAAUUUUGGAAAGAAAAACCCAGUAUUUAUUUUUAGAUAUUUAGAAGUGCAACUACAAAUUUUUGGGUGGGCAAAGUUAAGUAAGAAAACUGAAAGAAUCAACAGCUGUAUAAAAUGAACUUUAAUUAAACCGAAAAUAAUAUAAUAUUAACUUUGCAACAAUUAGAUUUAAUUAGAUUUAUCAAAGUGCACACAAGUGUUUUUCAAUUCAAAAACGUUUUCGAAAAUCAAGCUACACAAAAUUUAAUAUCUACACAUUGUACAGUAUGGAGAUGGGAGACAUUUCUUAUCAGCAAAUCUGCAGCGCACGCACCGUGCAGUCCGAUCAGAAGGGUUUCUUCAACGAAUUCUUUUUGGAGGUGAAAGAAGGCUGCAGUGACAAGUGGUUGAAACACUAUUUCAGCCAAUUGAAAUCGAACGAAGCGCGUAUAUUAUCGAUCUUCAGCGAUCGUGAGGUAUGUGAUACGGUCUUGGGUGUGUUGGAAAAUGUCGCACCGGUCUAUAAAGGCAAGGAUGGACUUUUUUCGGUACAACGGCGCGCACUGGCGGAUAAAUUCAAUUUGUUGGGAGACUUUCAACAAGCCUUGGCUCAUGCCAAUUUGGCCGUUAUGCGUGCACCGACAAAAGAUGUGGAUCUAGCUGUAGAUAAUGGUCUCAGUUUGGCUAUGGCCUACCGCUCGCGUGCAUCAAUUCUUAUUAAUUUGGGAAAUGGUCAGGCUGCCAUGAGUGAUCUCAAAUUAGCCGCAAACUAUGGUUUGGAGCUAAAGGAGAAUGUCGAUUAUUAUAUCAAAUUGGCUAAGGCUUAUGCUUUAAUGGGUGAAACUGCUCGCUCCGAAAUAUCUUUGAAGAUUGCUGAGAAGCUCUCGGGUAAUAAUAUUGCCUUAAGGGACGCUUUCGGUAAAGAAUUAUCUCUUGUUAAACCAAGCGAAAAGAUUGAAUCGGCCGUGGCACCACCUCUGGCGAGUGGUGAAAAUGCCAACUUACGUGGUGCCUCUAACCUGGUAAAGUUGGCGGAGACUAAAGAGAGAGGUCGUUUCAUUGUCGCCGGUGAGCAUUUGAAAACCGGCGAUGUUGUGCUCUGCGAGAAUCCAGUUGCCGCAUGUUUAUCGCCCAAUUUCUAUGGAAGUCACUGUCAUCACUGCUUUGAGAGGUUAAUUACUCCGGUGCCAUGUGUUAAUUGUUCUGGAAUCGCUUUCUGCUCAGCUCAGUGCAUGGGAGAGGCAUGUGACAGUUAUCAUCGUUUUGAAUGCAAUUUUAUGGAUCUUUUCAUAGGUUCCGGCAUGUCAAUACUCUGCUACCUGGCCUUACGUGUAUUCACACAAGCAUCGAGCGUGGAGAGUGCCAUCCAUGAUGCGAACUUAAUGUAUGAGCAUCUGUGUGCGCAUAUUGAGAGUCGACACGCCGAAGACUACUUACAACGUUCACUGAUGGCUGGCUUCUUGUUACGAUGCUUACAGAAAGCUGAAUACUUUGGACGUCGUAAGAGUGAAGGGGUGAAUCCAACUGCUGUUGAAUUACAAGUUGGUUCCGCUCUACUUGGACUCUUGCAGGUGCUACAAUACAACGCACACGAAGUUUUUGAGACCAAGAUCACUGAGGAACACCAUUUCGAGGGCUCUAAAGUUGUCUACGUGGGGACUGCAAUUUAUGCGACAGGCGCUUAUUUCAAUCACGAGUGCUGGCCGAGCGUGGCACGUUAUUUCGUUGGAAAGAAAUUAGUGUUGACAACUAUAAAGCCCCAUCAGCCGAACGAAGUGAUAGCUGAGAACUAUGGACCAAUUUUCACCAAAACAAAUUUGAAAGAGCGCCAAAGAUCACUGCGUGGACGCUACCUGUUCGACUGCAAAUGUAUGGCCUGUCAAGAGAAUUGGCCUACAAUACAGAAAAUCGAUAAACAAGUUCGUUUCCGUUGCCCCAUGGCAAAUUGUCCUAAUGUUUUAAAGUUCCCGAAGGAUAUAUCCAAGGAGGUGCGCUGUGCACGUUGUCGAAAAAAUGUUUCACUCAAAGCGAGUGUAGCGAAGAUGAUUCAAAUAGAGGAGCUUUAUCGCAAAGCCGCUGAGGACAUGCACAAUCAAAACGUACCGGAAGCAAUUGAGCAAUUUAAGGAAGGUAUUGAAAUGUUUUUCGAAAUCGCAGUUUUGCCCCACAAGGACACAAUUAUUGCACAGCAUUCGUUGAUUAAGUGUUUAGCCGAUGGGGGUACCACUUUUAAAUAGAUGACAAUAAAGUUCCAAGUGAACAGAUAAAUAUCGUAAACAUCAACAGCAUUUCUAAAAGCUACAAAACAACACGUGCCCACGAUCGAUUUACGGAUGUAUAUUGUUAUGCGAAUAAGGCCUGUAAAGUCGGCAAAAGUAAUCAAAAUUAUUUGCGGAUUGGUUUCCAUCACUGCAACAGCAACAACUCCCUUCUUAAUGAAGCCUACAUGUUACCUACCAAGGAUUAUACUGCACUGGUUUCCAGCUAUAUAUUUUCAUAGAAAUCCAUAAUCUCAUCUGAAAACACUUCCUUGAGCAAAGCCGCUUCUUAGGAGGAAUAUUUUACCACUUAUAUGGCUCCAAAUGAAACCCACUCACGUUCAGUGAACCUGUAACUAGUUUGGAAUUUCUUAGUAAACGGGAGACCGGUUCCAAGCACCGUUCCCACGAAAGUUGAGUCCACACAACCGGAAUGGACUUAUGUAUGUCCGAUCAAGGACAUCAAUUCCGCAGCAGUGCUAAAAAAAAUUUGGGGAAUGUUUCCUGUACAACAACUACCUUAAUUUUAAAUAAAAUAUAUCUCAAAAAUUAAUUUUAUUAAAAAACGAAGCUAAU